UAAAUAUAUAUUUUAUCCCUCCGACAAAAUUAUUGUAUGUUUUAGUAAUACAUUAAAUAUAAUAUUUUAAAAGAAUUUACCAUGACUAAGAGGAUGAUUGCACAGACAGCAGAGAGGCUGCGCAGACUUUGCAGAAGGGCCGUCAGGCCCUUGAUGAGUCAGUGGAACGUUUCCAUGAGCUCAAAGUCCUCCGGCGUGUCCAUGUCUAAGUUCGAAACUGGCCAACCCUUGCCUUAUAAGCUGCUAAGCGAGAAGUUGGACUGUGUAGCGAGUCGCCUAAAAAGGCCUCUUACCUUGUCGGAGAAGGUGCUCUACUCCCAUCUGGCUUAUCCAAGCGAUCAAGAUAUCAAGCGCGGGGAGUCAUACCUGCUGCUGCGUCCGGACCGUGUGGCCAUGCAGGAUGCCACCGCUCAGAUGGCGCUCCUACAAUUCAUUUCUUCUGGCCUGAGUAAGGUGGCUGUCCCUUCAACUGUGCACUGCGACCACUUGAUCGAGGCACAGAUUUGUGGCGAGCAGGAUCUGAAGCGCGCCAAGGAUCUGAACAAGGAGGUGUAUGACUUCCUGGCUUCCGCCAGCGGCAAGUAUGGUCUGGGAUUCUGGAAGCCAGGCAGCGGCAUCAUUCACCAAAUCAUACUGGAGAACUACGCUUUUCCCGGCCUCCUCAUGAUCGGCACCGACUCUCAUACGCCCAACGGCGGCGGAUUGGGCGGCCUCUGCAUUGGUGUGGGCGGGGCCGAUGCUGUCGAUGUGAUGGCAAACAUGCCCUGGGAGCUCAAAUGCCCCAAUGUAAUCGGUGUUCAUCUGACUGGCAAAAUCAGCGGCUGGACCGCAGCCAAAGACGUUAUUUUGAAGGUGGCCGAAAUCCUGACCGUCAAAGGCGGCACUGGAGCCAUCAUCGAGUAUCAUGGCCCGGGGGUCGAAUCUAUUUCCUGUACGGGCCAGGCCACCAUUUGCAAUAUGGGCGCCGAGAUCGGUGCGACUACCUCGCUGUUUCCCUUCAAUGAACGCAUGAUACACUAUCUGUGCGCCACGGGACGGGGCAAUAUUGCCGCAGAGGCACAAAAGUAUAAGAAGAAGCUACUGACACCCGACAAAGGCUGUAAGUAUGACAAGCUGAUUGAGAUAAACCUGGACAAGCUAGAGCCGCUAGUGAAUGGACCAUACACUCCUGACCUGGCGCACCCUAUAGACAAGCUGGGUGAAAACUCGAAGAAGAACGGCUACCCCAUUGAGAUAAAGGUGGGUCUGAUUGGCUCUUGCACCAACUCUUCGUACGAAGACAUGGGCCGCUGUGCCAGCAUUGCCAAAGAUGCCCUAAGCCAUGGUCUGAUGGCCAAAAUACCAUUUAAUGUGACGCCCGGAUCGGAGCAGAUCCGCGCCACCAUAGAGCGUGAUGGGAUGAUCGAGACGUUCAAUAAGUUUGGCGCGACGGUUCUGGCUAAUGCGUGUGGGCCCUGCAUCGGUCAGUGGGAUCGCAAGGACGUGAAGAAGGGCGAAAAGAACACCAUAGUCACAUCGUACAAUCGCAACUUUACCGGCCGCAACGAUGCCAAUCCAGCGACUCAUUGCUUUGUGACCAGUCCUGAGAUUGUCACCGCGCUCUCCAUUGUAGGAUGCCUGGACUUCAAUCCACUGAAGGACGAGCUGACCGACUCCAAAGGAAAGAAAUUUAAGCUCAAAGCACCCACUGGCGAGGAGCUACCCGCCAAGGGGUUCGAUCCCGGACAGGAUACUUACUCAGCUCCCCCGUCAGAUGGCAGCAAAGUGAAAGUUGCUGUGGAUCCAAAAUCGAAUCGCCUGCAACUUCUGGAGCCCUUCCCAAAGUGGGACGGCAAAGAUCUCACAGAUCUCACCGUUCUUAUCAAAGUCAAGGGUAAAUGCACUACCGAUCAUAUCUCAGCCGCCGGGCCCUGGCUGAAAUACCGCGGACACUUGGACAACAUCUCCAACAAUAUGUUCAUAGGCGCCACCAAUGCCGAAAACAACGAAAUGAACAAGAUCAAGAACCAGCGCAGUGGCAGCUGGGGCGCAGUUCCCGAAGUGGCACGUGACUAUAAGGCCAACAAUGUCAAGUGGGUAGCCGUCGGCGAGGACAACUACGGCGAGGGCUCUUCCCGCGAGCAUGCCGCCCUCGAGCCACGCCACCUGGGUGGAGUUGCCAUCAUAGUCAAGUCCUUUGCCCGAAUCCAUGAGACUAAUCUAAAAAAGCAGGGUCUGCUAGCACUGACCUUUGCCAAUCCCAGCGACUACGACAAGGUCCAGCCUACCAGCAAACUGUCGCUGCUUAAUCUGAAGGAUAUGGCUCCCGGCAAGCCCAUCGAUUGCGAGAUCAAAAACGGAGGCGGCUCCGAUAAAAUACAGCUCAACCACACCUUCAACGCCGAGCAAAUUGAGUGGUUCAAGGCUGGCAGCGCUCUCAACCGAAUGAAGGAGAAAUUGAAAUAGUUUUCAGAUCGAUAUCAUGUCAUAUCAUAUGUAUCUGCUUUUUUAUUGUUUCACAUCCGUAACAUCACAUUUUGUAUGACAUUGCGCAAUUUUUAAAUCUAAACGUACAUGAUAAUCAAUUUUGAGAACUGAAUGGAUUAAAUUAAACUA